GACCCCAAAAAAAUGUGUAAAUAAAGCAACCCCUACCCCCGAAACGAGGCGUUACCCCUCCGACUUUCUCGAUCAAUCACAGGGGACAGUGGCUUCUUUUGAUAAAAACCCCAAAUUGUCAUUGGGCAGAUGCAAUCAUGUGACAAGCAGCACGGUCUAAUUCCAACCAUGUCCUCAUGAAAGCAAUAGUUUAUGGCAUAGAGGUCUCCAUACGACUAUAUCCAGUUUAGUAGUUUAUGACAAUAAAGUGCGUAUUAAUCUGAAUUCACUUUAAAAAAAAUCAGCGAGUUUUCGAGACAAGCGGGAGGAGAUGAAUUACGAAUUUGGGCGAGAAAGUGGUUUUAUCAACAGCCAGCCGUCGCUCGCUGAGUGCCUGACAUCUCUCACUAACCCUGUCGGUGAUGCAUUUCAAAGUUCAUCAAUCAAGAGCUCGGCGCUUUCACAGUCGACACUGAUUCCUCCUCCUUUUGAGCAGACCAUCCCCGGCCUGAACCCGGGCAUCCACCCACGCCACAGCCGCUCAAAGCAGGCUCUGAGAGGCUGCAGCCCGCUGCAGGCUGCAUCCCUACCCCCGGAGUACCCGUGGAUGAAGGAGAAGAAAAGCAUCAAGAGAAACCAGACUGCUGCUGCUGCUGCUUCUUCCUCGGCGACAACGACUGACUCCUCACCACUCUACUUCUCCCCCCAAGGUUCACCAGAGGUACCAGAGGUUGGUGUUGGCGGUGGAGCGGCAUCCCGGAGGUUGAGGACUGCGUACACCAACACCCAACUUCUGGAGCUGGAGAAGGAGUUUCAUUUCAACAAAUACCUGUGCAGACCGAGGCGAGUGGAAAUAGCUGCUCUGCUGGAUUUAACGGAGAAGCAGGUGAAAGUGUGGUUUCAGAACAGGCGGAUGAAGCACAAGAGGCAGACGCACUGCAAGGAGAACCGGGACAGUGAGGGGAAAUAUGCUUGCCUGGACGACGGGCCGGAGGACGAGUUUGAGCAGGCGGAGGACAUCAGCGCUGCCGGGACGCUCCUGGAAAGGGAGAGGUAUUUCCACCAGAAUACCUUAACCUCACAACACUGUCAGAACGGGCACAAUGGGGAGAACCAAAGCCCGGCUGUUGCGCCUUUGAACAGCAAUGAGAAAAAUCUGAAACAUUUUCCUAACUCGGCUCCCACUGUUCCUAUCUGCGUGUCAACAAUAGGCCCAGACAAUGAUCAUUCCCCGGGCCUGGACGUCUCUUUGCAGGAUUUCCAAGUUUUCUCAUCCUCCUCUUCUUUCUCACCAAGUUUGUCAGAUUCUGCACCGAGUCCCCUUCCUCUAUCAUCCGAAACUUUUGACCUUUUCUCAGAAACACUCACAACAAUCGACCUGCAGAACAUGAGCUAUUGAAACAUUUGUUUUAUUUGAACUCAGACAUGCGUUCAGAUUAUCAGUUUUAGCAUUAAUAUCUCACAUUCACGGUAAGUUAAAGCAAAAAUUAAGCCUAAAUGGGCUGUUUAUUCCAUCACAGGCUGCGAGAGGAGAGUUUAUUUUUAUAUGGAUUUUGACUAUAACUGAGCAGAAUAUUUUUCCUGAAAUAAAACUUUACAUUGAUUGCAA